ACGUCAAUGUGAGUACACGCAACAUUAAACGUACUGCUUGGUGGAAAGCACACACUAUUUGUGUUUUAAUCCAAAACGUGUAUUUGUAUGAUAUAAACCGCGUAAUUUAUGCGUUAGGUUACUCUGCCACUGGUUUGAAUGACAUUGAGCUGUGACACGGAUUAAGUUGGAUGAUGAAUAACAAAUCAGGUGCACGGAAAGUUCGGAAUGUUGAUAUCAACCCAUGCAUCGAGGAGAGUGAUGGUUCCCAAAAAUGUUUGGAUGCAUAUAACUAUGAUAAGAGCAUGUGCUCUGCAUACUUCUUGAGGUAUAAAAACUGCCGGAAGUACUGGCAUGGUGUAAUGCUGCAGCGUCGGCGUGACGGAGUGAAGCCGGAUAUGCCGACCGCUGAGGAGCGAGAGGAGAUCAUCACAGCUCUCGGAGGGAAGCCAUACUGACUGCACAGCAGCAUUCAGAGCUCAUGUGCUGAUUUGGACUCAGUAUAACAGAAAUCUCUCACAGAGGCACAUUAUGAAUCCAUCCUUCUGGCUUUAAGGAUUUAUUGAAAUGCAGUCCAGUACUGUGUGGGGGAAGAGGACAUUUAGCGAAUAUAUUUUUAACAACUAAUGCUGUGCAUGUGUGAUACCAUCAAUGACAGGCUAUUAAAGCCUUAUUUAAGAUCAAUGCAGAAGGACUCAUUUGAAGUGAACAUAUUUCGAUAGAGUGUGUACUGUAUGUGUGGAAAAAUAAGUGUCUGGCAGUCCUGUUAUAGCAAUAGUAUUUAAUAUAUUCACUCAAGUUUAAAGUGUCUGUAAAUAUCACAGUUGCCUAUAUAACAAAAAAAGUCACUUGAACAAACAUUAAAUGUUAAUGGAAAUUAAAUGCUCAA